AUGAAUCUUCUUCGAUUAUGUCAUCGAAUUAUCAAUCCAACACGAUUUUCAUUUAAUCGUCAAUUACAAAAACUAUCUGUUGCAUCUAAACCAUCUUCAACAUCUCUUUCCGUUGGUCAAGAAUUACAUGGUUAUAUUGUUAAAGAGAUAACACCUAUACCAGAGUUUCGUUUAACUGCUAUUAAACUUCAACAUAAAUUAACUGGUUGUCAACAUUUACAUAUUGAUCGUGAUCAUAAAAAUAAUGUUUGGAGUGUUGCUUUUCAAACAACACCAAACAAUGAUACAGGUGUUGCACAUAUUCUUGAACAUACAACACUAUGUGGUUCAGAAAAAUUUCCAUGUCGUGAUCCAUUUUUUAAAAUGAUUAAUCGUAGUAUGGCUACAUUUAUGAAUGCUUUCACAGCUAGUGAUUGGACAAUGUAUGCAUAUUCGACACAAAAUCAAAAAGAUUAUUUUAAUCUUAUGUCUGUUUAUCUCGAUGCUGUUUUACAUCCAAAACUUGAUGAAUAUGAUUUUAUGCAAGAAGGUUGGCGUCUUGAACAUGAAAAAAUUGAUGAUCCAACGUCACCAAUUGUGGUCAAAGGUGUUGUAUUCAAUGAAAUGAAAGGUGUUUUUAGUGAUAGUCAUCAGGUCUAUGCUCGUCGAAUACAAAAUAAUUUAAUGCCAACAUCAACAUAUCAAUAUGAAUCAGGUGGUGAUCCAGAAAGUAUUCCAGUAUUAACAUGGAAGGCAUUAAAAGAAUUUCAUGCAACACAUUAUCAUCCAUCUAAUGGACGGUUUUUUACAUAUGGUUCAUUUCCAGUAUCAGAUACACUUGCAUUUCUUAAUGAUUAUUUGAAUAAUUAUGAACGGCAAAAAACUAAAACAAUAUCAUCGAAACUAAUUGAAGAAUCUCGUUGGAAUAAACCACGAUCAGUAAAUAUAACUUGUUCACCACAAUCAUUCGUUGUUGAUCCAAAUAAAACAACAACUGUUAGCGUUAGUUAUUUACUGGGAAGUAUACGUAAUACAUGGGAAACAUUUCUUUUGAAUAUUGUCUGCUCAUUACUUGUUGGUUCAGAAAAAUCUCCAUUUUAUAAGAACUUAAUUGUACCUAAUAUUGGUAAUACUUAUUCACCUGAUACAGGUUUUGGACGUCAUACAUUAAAUACAACAUUUCAUGUUGGUUUACAAGAUAUAUCCAAAGAAGAUGUUGAUCGUGUUAUUAAAAUUAUUGAUGAAACAUUUCAAGACGUUGCGAAACAAGGUUUUGAAAAAAGUCAAAUUGAGGCAUUACUUCAUCAAUUUGAACUUGGUAUCAAACAUCAAGAUGAAAAUUUUGGUCUUAAAGUUAUUUUAGGUUUAAUUUAUUCUUGGAUACAUGAUACAGAUCCAAUUGAUAGUCUUCAAGUCACAAAAUAUCUUGAAAAAUUUAAUAAUGAAAUAAAAAAAAAUCCUCAAUUACUUCAAGAUAUUGUUGAAAAAUAUUUUCUAAAAAAUAACCAUAAAUUAAUAGCUACAAUGAAUAUUGAUGAUGAAUAUGCUGAAAAGAAAAAACAAAAAGAAUCUCAACUUUGUCAACAAUUAAUAUCUCAAUGUAAAGAUAAACAAUUAAUAUAUGAAAAAGGCUUAGAAUUACAAAAACGACAAUCUGCACCCCAGAACGUUGACGUUUUACCUACAUUGUCUAUUAAUGACAUUGACAAGAAGGUUAUUCGUGUGCCAAUAACACAAGGACAAAUAGGUAAUACCUAUGUCCAAUUGUGUGAACAACCAACAAAUGGUAUAACUUAUUUUCGUUGUUUACUUAACACAUUUGAAUUACCAAAUGAAUUAAAAUCUUAUUUACCAUUAUUUGUUAAUGUUCUCACAAAGUGA